CACGCUCCUCACUUUUUUGUUUCACAUUUCUUAAAAUCUCAUAAAUCUCAUAACCAAAAUUUUGAGGAAAAUCGAAAUGUAUCGUUUUCUAUCCGGAAUAAAAGUUGUCGAAAUUGCCGGCCUUGCUCCAGUCCCUCAUUGUGGCAUGAUGCUUGCAGAUUUUGGAGCCGAUGUGACUGUUAUCGAUAAAAAAAAUCCGGCAAUUGAACAACGUCUGAAUCGUGGAAAAACAAUGAAGCAGCUCGAUUUGAAAAACCCAGAAGAUAUUAAAAAGGUUCGAGAUCUGUGCCAAACAAGUGAUGUGUUGCUGGAUCCCUACAGACCGGGAACUCUAGAGAAAAUGGGUUUGGAUCCAUCAACGUUGUGGAAUAAUAAUAAGGGGUUAAUUAUCUGUAAAAUAAGUGGUUACGGUCAAACAGGGAGAAUGAGCCAAGAAACUGGACAUGAUAUCAAUUAUGUGGCAUUGAGUGGUAUGCUUCCAACGUUCUCUGGAGUCAAUGCAACACGGCCAUGGCCUCCUGCAAAUAUGCUGGCUGAUUUUGCUGGCGGUGGUUUGUCAGCCGCAUUUGGAAUUCUGUCAGCAAUUUAUGCAAGAUCUCAUAAUGGAGGCAAAGGAUGCUUGUUAGACUGCUCGAUGACCGAAGGUGUUGCUUAUUUGUCUUCGUUUGUACAGCAUUACUAUGACCAACCGAACCUGUUCACUGACAAAUAUGCAUUAUUUAGUGGUGAAUGUCCGAUUUACAGGACAUAUAAAACGAAAGAUGACAAGUUUGUAGCAGUUGGAGCAGUUGAGCCGAAGUUCUAUCAAAAUUUGUUCAAAUUAUUGAAUGUAGAUGGACGUGACUUGUUCGUAAAUCCCGGUAAAAUUACAGAAGAUUUGGAGAGCAGAUUUCUACAAAAAACUCGUGAUAAAUGGGCAAACAUUUUUAAAGGCCAAGAAUGCUGUGUAACUCCAGUUUUGGAUAUUCAUGAAGUCGGAUCUUAUGGUCAGCAUGUCGACCGUAAUAGUUUUACCAAAACAAGUAGUAAUUGGAUCGCAAAUCCUUCUCCCAGAGUCUGGACGCAAGAUGAGUUGGCUGCACUUUCGUCAAAGAAAUGAUAACUUUUUUCUAUUUUUUCAUCCCAUAAACUUCGUUGAAAAAUUGUUA